GGCGCUACCUGCUCACGGUAGUGUUGGUCAGUGCUGCUACAUGUGACAUUGACAUCAACAGAGGCACAAUGAGGCUGACCGCUCUCCUGUCGAUGGCAGCCAGGGUGGUUGUGCCCAAAGAUUACCGCUUCGGCACCAACAGACCGUGGACAGUGGCUGCUAAGAGGCUGAAUCCUCCGGGGAAGAAGAGGCGGAAGGUGUUUGUGGAGCCGAUAGCACCAGAGGACUGGUCUGUGCUCAGAGGGGACAUGGUCGAGAUUCUCACAGGGAAGGACAAAGGGAAGCAAGGAAAAGUGGUGCAAGUCUUCAGACACAGAAACUGGGUUAUGCUGGAGGGCCUGAACACACAUCACAGGUAUAUUGGAAAAACUGGGGAUUACCGAGGGACGUACAUUGCCAGCGAGGCUCCCCUCCUGCUCCGCGAUAUUGCACUCAUUGACCCCUCGGACAGGAAGCCCACUGAUGUGCAGUGGAAAUUCACAGAGGAGGGGGACAGAGUCCGAGUGUCUCUCAGGACGGGUCGAAUCAUCCCGAAACCUGUUGUGGAGCGACGAGAUGGCAUCGUGCCACAGCAGUGGAAAGAUGGUCCCAAAGACACCAGUCCAGAAGACACUCUAGAAAAGACCUAUGUACCAUCUCUAAAAACCCUGGAGGAGGAAGUGAUGGAGAAGCUGGGCAUCCAGGAGAACAGAAGGCCCAGACGGUCCUACUGGUACUGACCAGAGACACCAGAGACACUCGGGGCCCCAUUGUCCUAUCCGGUGUUCACAAGGACUCUGAAGUCGGCCAUGUUUUGAUUGGAGUCGAGCAGAAUGAAAUGUUAAAAAGAGACUAUGAUGAUGACGACAUGAGUAAGGCACAUGGAUGGUAAAAUACUGACGCAACAUCCAUAUUAUUAAGGAAGUGACAGCUUUGUAAACAUAUGAGGAGUUUAAACAGACCUGCCGUUUUAAUGUUUCCUGAUUAGUUUCAAUUGUUCUCUAUUAACAGCGGUAUUAGAGUUUGAAUUAACUUGCUCUCGUUGUCGUUGUGAAUAAAUGUUGCACGUAAACUAAUAGCUUUUAUUCUGCUGUAUACUGGAGGUUCACUCCACGUUUCAGGGGAGGAACCUCAUAUUCUCAAACAACAAUGGUAUUAAAUCACAAGGGUUCCAGACUUAAGGGUUCGGCUCUGAUUUGUCAGCAUCAACAUGCGGUAAUUUGGGAAGAGAAAAUCCAAUUUGGCAAAUUUACAUCAGAAAUAUUCACUGAGCAGGAAUGAAACAUUAUUAAUGAGAUAAGAUACUUCUGAAAGCUGUCGAGUAAGCUUGUAUUCGAGCCAUCAUCGGUAGAACAGCAGUGACCACAGAAAACAAUAGCUUCUGCACGACAGAGUACACACUGUACUGUCUAAAAGAUUGGAAAGUUAACCGAAUCUUUGGUAUUGGCAGGGUUAAUAAUGGUAAUGGUUUGCAGCCUGUUUGGAUCAUUCAAAAGGCUGAAAAUAGUCAUUAUUUUACAGAAGCCCAGACAAGCUGCUCUCCAAAACUCAAAGCCUUUAGACAAAUGAGUCUCUCUUUCCAACGUGUCUGGGAAACUUUGUGCAGAAGGAAAUGACUUGGGAGGAGACGACAGACUUGGUAGCUUCAACAAAGUUCUCACUCACCUCAUUUGACUUUUUAUACACUGGCGCUGCUGCAUGGUAUUCCUCUGACGUGUUAAAGUUUUUGCAUCAGUAUGAUCUCACUGAGGAAGUCAUUUGGUCAUGAAGUUAUUCUGUAUGAUAUACAUGAACUAAAAAACGAUCAAAGGUCAAAGCAGGCUCACUGUACAUUUAGUACAAUUUCAGUCAAAAAACGUUUUUUUUUUAAUAUAAAAUCUUAACUUUACAUUACCCUCUUUUGAGAUCAGUUGUUCUUCGUCUCUUAGAAUUACAGGCACAUCUUUCAUAGUUUGGUGCCUAUUACUGACCCACAGAGCCAGACGUUUUACAGACUGAGCUUUAAUUUAAGAAUAUUCAAAGAAGCACCAAUAUUUUAAAAGACAUGCUUUUGGAAAUAUGUUAAGCGGAUCUGUAGUGACACAAACCGAUUAGAAAUGUAUUCGAUUUAAGUGAUCAAAUGAAUACAAGAAAUACAUCCUGCAAGUGUGGAGAAGGUUUUGAAACAUUUCAUAUAGGGAGAUAAAAUGUACAGAAAAUAUAAGCGAACAGUUAAAAGAAUGUCAAAUAAUCAAACAUUUUACAGUUUCUUUUUUUGUUGUCAAAAACUUAGAUUUGACUCAUGACCUCAGUAUUUUUAAUAAUCCUGGUUAUAGGCUUUUAAAAGUGUGUUCAAAUGAACUUAAAUAGCCCUUUGUAGCUAUAAAUAUCCAGUUCUAUCUAUCGAAGAGAAGCCCAGUCUUCUCUAAACUCCCCUCAGCUGCACAUUUAUCUGGGAUUUAUGAGGGAGGUGGCGAAAAAUGUUUCCCCUUGCCGGUUAACCACGAGUACUGAUUCACCCAAAGACCAGGCCUGUCAGAUCUCCAGCUGUAGAAGCAAGUAACGUUGUUGCCAGGCAAAAAAAAAAACGAUGUGUCACAAGUAAUAGAACUGCGUCAAAGUAUAACAGUGGCUCCCCCAUACCCUACUUUCUGGUCAGCCCAGUAUCAUCAUGCAGAAAGCAUGGCAAGUCGUUGGUUUGGCCGGUGAGUGGAUGAGGGCUGCAGUUUUCCCAGACUGGUCCGUCCUGAACCAGUUUACCUCUGCCACAUUGCGUCCAAGAGGGAAUAAAAGCAGCCAGUCAGCGGAAAACAGGGGUUUGAGGUUUUGCUUUUAUGGGAGGAAAAUUAUUCAAAGACUGGUCGUCUUUCCUGUCAUUGCAUGAGUGUUGUAGGAAUUUCAGUCUGAGAUUACAGCAAGGGGAAGUGAAACGUUAAUAAAGUUGGAAACUUUGUAUUGCUUCAUUUGUCUUAGUUUUUUACCAUUUACACACACAAAGCGCAGAUUUACGGCCGUCUUGACUUGUGCAGGGUGGAAUGAGUUUUGAGAGUGCCCAUCUUGUCAUUUCUGCUUUGUGGUGAGUUGACAGCAAUUCUGGUAA